AUGAAACAAGAAGAUCGAGGAAAUACAAAAUCCAAUACUAAUCAAGUAUCAGCCCAUGGUCGGAAGCAGAAAGCAUCAAGUAGUAGAUCUAGCCGAAGUCGAAAAUCUAAAGACCGUGCAUCUAAAAGGAAGUCACAUACAAAAGUUAACGAAUCUUCUCAACCGGCAGAUACUUCUUCUUUGAAACGUAAGAAAAAUGAACGUUCCAAAACCGUACCUGAAAAGACUCGUAGUAGUGGUCGUUGUACACGUUCUUCAACUUCUGCUGCAGUUGCCAAAUCUACACCAAAAGCCAAAGUAUCCAACGCAUCAACAAAAGAAACUUAUUCUUACUCUGAUAUGUUUCUCGCGGAUGAUGAUGAACACGAUUCGGAUGAAAACGUUGAUGUUGGGGAUGAAGACAGUGAAUAUGCUCCAUCUGAUGAAGAAACUCUUAAUAAAUUGUCAAAAAUAUCAAAAUCUCGUAAGGGGGUUUCUUCACGCACACGCCGAAGUUCAAAGGCCCAGUUGACAGUCAGUAGUGAUGUGGAAGAAGGUGGAUCCACUGACGAAGACGAAGCUGGAGAGUCCGAAUCAGAAGAGGAAGAUGAGGAUGAUGAAGAACUGGGAGAUUCCAUUUUAAUGGAUCAUUCUGGUGUUAACGGUGGUAUGCCAAUACAGUUAUUUGAAGAUGAAAGCAAUCAUAUACAAAGAGAUAUUUAUGAUUUCGAUGCACAAAGUAUUAUUUCAGAUAAACGUGUUACUUCAUUAAAGAAAAAGAUACCAACAAAUGCUGUCAGUCGUGGUAUGAAUGUAACGUCAGCUAGUCGGUCAACACGUAGGACAGCUUCUGGAAAAGGAACUAGUUGGGGAUCGAAUAUUUAUAGUGCUCUUGCAGCUGCUCUUAAAACACGCGCAGAUUUAGAUGCUUAUUCAAGUUUCUUGAAAUCAAAUGUUUUAAAUGCUAGUUUCGAUAAAUUUUUAGCGGAAAUCUGUAAACCUAGUAAUCAACAUGCUAAUUUAUUUUAUGGUGCAUCUGCUAGUUUACAAAGUCUCAUGAGUCGUAUUAAUGAUCAUGAUAAAGUAGUUGAACUAUUACAUGCAUUUGUCGCACGUCCAUACGACCAAUUACAACAUCGUAUUGUUUAUUUAAUACCUAUAAUUCAUCAACCAUUGUUUGGUGUUGCUCAUAUGACACCAAUAAGUCAACAUCUUGAAACACUUAGUAAAGAUAUUGAUGAAGAACUAAUUAUUAAACCAGCUUAUAUUCUUAAUCAAGAAACAAAUUUACUAGCGAUUCGUAGUUCUGUUGCAAGUGAUUUCGGUGUAUCAAAUACACAAUAUAAUUUUAUUACUGGUGCUGGUAAUCUUGGAAGAUACAUGCCAGAUAUUCAUCAAUUAAUUGUUCCAUCUGAUUUGUAUCAAAGAUUAACUGAACUAGUCGCACUGCCUCCAGAGCGAAUUUAUGAAUUGGCUCUUGCCAGAGUACAUCAACAAGACGAGGAAGCUGAUAUAGAUAUUAGUCCACUUGAACCACCGAAUUUACAAAGAAUUGUUUUAGCUAUUAAUAAAGAAGGUCAGUUGAUUGGGAUAGCAAUUUUAGACACAUGGAAUAGUACUGAAAUUCCACAUAGCAGACCAAAAGCUCCUAUCGAUCUAAUUAAUAUAACUUCAUUAUCGGACAAAACUAGUUCAGUAGAUCAAAAUGGUACUGAAGAAACUAAUCGUCAAACUAGGGAGGAACAAGUUCGUGAAGUGUUAGAUAACAUUAUUGACUGGGUUGUUUUAAAAUCUGAUCCUAAAGAUUAUAGUUCAUUGGCAAAACGUGGAAACAAACAAGAGUCUUCUCCACUUGGACCAGUACGUUUUAUAGAUGCAUUUAUUGUUAAACCAAAUGGACGUCGAGAUACUUUACUUUUAGUUGCGCAUCCUGUUAGUUGUCAUCCAUCUGAAAAUGCUGUUGAAAACGAUAAUUUCUUUGUUUAUUCUGUUGUUGAUGAAUCAAAGUUUUGUCUAGAAAAACAUGGAUUUAUGCCAGAAUUAUCUAUAGCACUUGAUGGUGUACAUACAGUUGAUCCAGAAGAUAUACUUGAAGAUAAAUCUUUGUUAGUAGUUCCUGAUCUUUUAUUUGAUACUUUACGGAAAGUUAUGCUACGUGAAUUGGCCAGUUCUAGUAGUACAGCUGCUGCUGCUGCAGCUGUUGUUGCUUCAUCGAGACCAGAUACUACAACUCUCCCAUUGACAUCAACUGGUCCUGCAGCUGUAAUUCAUUGUACAAAAUUUGUCAUACUCGAUCGCCAAAGGCGUGUUCCACUUGCAAUUGCAUUUGAUUCACCUGUUCGCCUUACUCUUCAGGUAGCAGAUGAUAAACUUGGUUUACAUCCUCACGGUGAAGCUGCUUCUGUCAAUUUCGACCAAAUCACUCCUUCAGAGUUAAAGUCAUAUGAGUCUUCAUUUAAGCCAACUUCUGCUGAAUAUCGUUUAGUUGCUAUAAACGGUUUGUUGUAUGGUUUACAAAUCGAUGAUCAACGUGUUAUUCGCCGUAUUAUUGAGAUUGUUCCCGCUCGCUAUGAUUCCAUAUAUCCUCAUACAGGAAAUCCAUCACUUUGUGCACAAUCUAUUUCUGCAGCUCACAAGUCUUGUCCGUCUAACGUUCGGAUAGUGAAUGAUGAGACUAACAGUUCAACUGUUUUACCAGCAUUUUAUUAUCCUCAUUAUGAACAAACCAAAUUAUGUAGUGUUGUUUCCGGUUUCACUGAUCAUUUGUGCAGUUUGUUUUUCGAAUUGCCUGUCUUAGUCAGUUUAUACGAUGUUGUUUUGCGUAUGGCGCAAAAAUAUAUGCCAGAGAUUUUAGCUAGACAGCAUAUUGAGGCAGCAGAGGCUGCAGCUUAUGCUGAAGCUGCCGCAAAUCCUCAUGCACCUCCGCCGUCACCAGUUCCUCUUCCUGAACAUUGGGGUGUUUGUUGUUUGUGUGCUAAAGAACUGCGUUCACCAAACGGUUUGUUGGAUCAUGAAAUGAGACAUUUAGGCCUCUCUAGGUUCCGUUGUGGAGUUCAUAAUGUUUCGUUCCUUGAUCGGCGAUCAUGGCAAGUUCAUAUGAAUGAACAUCAUGCAUGCCCACGUUCAGGUCCUUUAUCUGUUCUUUUACGUCCGAAUCCAGUUAAUCAAAAUGAUUCGGGAAGUGACCAAGAAGAAGAAGAUGAUGAAUUAGUUGAACAGGACACUGUCCCAGGUAGUGGUUUACUCGCUGGACUUGCAAACGUAUUCAACACAAAUCUUUUAAUUGGUCGAAUGGAAGCUCCACAAUGCGAAAAAUGUAGUGAUUAUUUCCCAUCAGCAGAAGUUCUUGCACAACAUUUAGACUUUUGUGAUGGUGUUAGCUUCUCUCUUCGUACUCCUUUAUCUCGAAUCGGCAGUGGUGUUCCAAAGCCUAUCUUAGCAGAUGAUUCAUACACUAGGUCUGGUGAUGAUGCAACUGUAGAAGCUUCUGGUCCAAAUGCUGAUGAAGUGACAUCAGACUCCAAAGAUGAUGCAUGUGUUUGCGGUAUCUGUGGAACCCAAGUCAAUUCACGUGAUAAAAUACUUCGACACUUCACUGUUUAUCACCUUCAAUGCAUUUUGUGUAAUAACAUCCUUCGGUCAAUGGAAGAAUUGUCUGAUCAUUAUCAUACGCACAUAAAAACAGAUGCACCAAAUGCUUUGGAAGAAUUCGAGAAUGAGGAAGCUGAACUAUUGAAAAGUGAUCCAGAUAAAGAAAUAAACCUCAAGGAUGGUAUCAAUAAAAAGUCAGCAAAUAAACUGAUGACAUGUGACAUUUGUACAGAGUUUUAUGGAACGAAGUUUAACUAUUAUUUUCAUCAAUGGGCAGAACACGGAGUAGUACAUCCAGGUGACGGAGUGUCGGAAAAUAUGCUUCAAAUGCUCACCCAAACACGACAUCUUCGACAACGUGUCGAUAAAGAAGAUCUUUCUUCUCUCGGUAUUCGUAAAAUGAAAUGUAAACUAUGCGGAUUUGUUGUUCGUUGCAGUGGAAAAGAUUACGUACAACAUCUUAGUGAAAAACACAAUAUCAAUACCACUCUUGAGGAUAUUUGUCGUAUUUGCGCUGAUGUUUUUGAGACUCCAGAGGAUCUUUCUGCUCAUCUUGGUGAAAUACAUUUUCCCACCGGAGAAUUCGCCAAUGCCGGUGUUCAGACAAUAUUUCGUUGUACACAUUGUGAAUUUUGGGGUUUCAACAAAGGCUUGUUAAGACAUUCUCGUGAAGUACAUGAUGAUCCUUGCCCGUCUAUAUAUGAAUGUAUCCAUUGUUACGAGAGAUUCACUGAUAAAAGAGUAUGGCGUGCUCAUAUGGAUAAACAUAAUGAAGGUUAUUCACACAGAUGCAUGGAAUGUGGACGGGCAUUUCGGCUAAGACCUUCUCUCCUUCAUCAUAUGCGUUGUCAUCAUGGGGAUGAUCAAGGGCCAGCAACUUGCGAAUAUUGUGGCUUGAUUUAUCCUAAACGAUCGUCGUUAAGAUAUCAUAUCUUCCGUAUGCAUAAUCAGGAACUAGCUCAUGAAUGUUUCAUGUGUCAACGACGUUUCCGUUUAGAAACAGAACUUCGACGUCAUGUAAAAGAAAUGCACAGUGGAGCUGUCAAAUGUGAAAUAUGUCAUAAAGUAUGCGCUAACCUGAGAUGUUAUGCUCAACAUAGACAAAAACACUUUCGUACUCGUAUUUAUCAAUGUACUGAUUGUCAAACAACAUUCAAGAGUAAAUUGGCUAUGAAACGUCAUAUUCGAGUAGAACAUUUACAACUAGGUCCUGAAAAGUUCGAAUGUCAAAUAUGUGGAAAGAUUGUUACACAAAUUGGCAUGCAUAUGUUAAUACAUAAAGAAGCACGUUUUGAAUGUGAAUAUUGCAAUAAACGAUUUACCAAAGCUGCCUAUUACAAUGAACAUCUUCGAAUACAUCGUGGUGAACAACCAUUUGAAUGUCAUAUAUGCAGAAAACGAUUCAAUAAAAAAUCAAAUCUAAAUGUUCAUUUGAAAUUUCAUGAGAAACAUCGUGAUGAAGAAGGAAAUUAUCUUGAAUUGAAACCACGUGGUCGUAUUAGUACAAUGUUUGGUGAUGCAUUAAUGAGUCCAAGUGAUAGAGCAGCACGACAAGCUGCUGCUGCUAGAUCAAUGAAUCCAAUAAUUUAUGUACCAAAAGUUGAUGUAGCUGUUGGAAGUGAUUUUCCUGGUGCUUUCAAUUGUACUGGACCAGCUGGUGCAGCAGCUGAAGCUGCUUCACGUGUUGUUGAAUUAUACGGUCUUGAUAAUAAUAAUAACAAUAAUAGUAAUGAUCAUCAUCAUCAUAAUAAUAACAAUAUUAUCAAUAUGAAUCAUACAAAUUCUAAUAAUUUUAUUCCAGAAUCAAUUAAUUUCGAUGAUGAUUUAUGUAAUAUGGAACCUUCAGUUAAAAAACAACGUUUAACGUAA